ACUACAUUUCAUUAGAGAACUACCAAAGCAUCAAAAUCUACGAACUUUGAAGCCAUUGUAAGCUUUCAGUCAUGUUUUCUAAGCUCCUAAUGUUGUUUCUCCUCAUGAGACAUGUAGCUUCUUCAAGUGACUAUGAUUUCAUUUACAACGGAUUCCGCGGAGCUAACAUAAGCCUAGACGGCUCGGCAAAGAUCGCAUCCAAUGGCCUCCUGCUUCUCACCAAUUCCUCAAGUCAAAAGGGCCACGCCUUCUACCCCAAUCCCCUUCACUUCAAACCUUCACACGGUAAAACUCGAUCUUUCUCUGUCAAUUUCGUCUUUGCAAUCAUGCUCCGGUAUCCAAAUGUAAGAAGCACUGGGAUCGUCUUUGUGAUCUCACCUUCAAAAGAGUUCCCAGGAGGUGAACUAGGCCAAUACUGGGGCAUCUUCAAUCCGAAGAACAUCCGCAAUUCAUCGAAUCACAUAGUUGCCAUCGAGCUUGACACGGCCCUCGAUCCAGAUUUUCUUGAUAUCAAUGACAACCAUGUGGGAGUCGACAUCAAUGGUUUAGUUUCCAUCAUAUCAGCUCCUGCAGCUUACUUUAGUAAUAUGAAUGGCAGGUUAAAGAAUCUAAACCUUGUAAGUGGAGAACCGAUGCAUGUCUGGGUAGAAUACAAUAGUGUCCAAAACCAACUCAACGUAACAUUAUCUCCUAUCAACUUACCUAAACCUGAUCGUCCACUCUUCUCAUCGUCGGUGAAUCUUUCAUCGGUUGUGUUAGAUGACAUGUAUAUCGGUUUCUCUUCAUCGACCAAGUCCGCUCCAGCAUCUCAUUACAUCUUGGGAUGGAGCUUUAAAAUGAACGGUCAGGCUCAGGACCUUGAUCCCUGGCAUCUUCCUAAGCUUCCACGUAUAGGACCCAAAAAGAAAUCAAAGCUCUUAACAAUUGGGUUACCAGUAAUUGUGAUAUUUUUCACUUUAACGGCCAUCUCAGCCAUCGGUCUCAUUGUGAGAAGGAAGAUCAAGUUCGCUGAAGUAGUAGAGGACUGGGAACAUGAAUACGAGACGCAUCGGUUCUCGUACAAGGAUCUAUUCAUGGCCACUACGGGCUUCACAGAAAAAGAGCUCCUGGGGGUCGGUGGUUUUGGAAGAGUUUAUCGAGGUGUUUUAUCAGCCUCGAAGGUCGAAGUGGCUGUGAAGAGAAUCUCUCAUGAUUCUCGACAAGGGAUGCGGGAAUUCAUAUCCGAAAUCAUGAGCCUGGGUCGCCUCCGUCACCGGAACUUGGUGCAACUUCUUGGUUACUGCCGGCGAAAGAAAGAGCUCCUGCUGGUCUAUGAUUUCAUGCCCAAUGGAAGUUUGGAUAAGUUUCUCUUUGGCCAUCGAAAGUCAUUGCUGAGCUGGAAUCAACGGUUUCUGAUAAUCAAAGGAGUAGCUUCAGGGCUUCUCUAUUUGCAUGAGGAAUGGGAGCAGGUGGUCCUUCACAGAGACAUCAAAGCCAGCAAUGUUUUAUUAGAUAGUGAGAUGAACGGUAGAUUAGGCGACUUCGGCCUUGCCAGACUGUACGAUCGUGGGACUGAUCCACAGACGACCCACAUGGUGGGGACCUACGGAUAUAUUGCACCGGAGCUGACUAGGACCGGGAAGGCCACCACAAGCGCUGACGUAUUCGCAUUCGGAACUUUCAUGCUCGAGGUUGCUUGCGGGAAGAGGCCCAUCGAUCCCCGAUCAUCGGCGGAUGAGGGGAUCUUGGUCAAAUGGGUAUCGGAAUGCUGGAGGAGAGGGACGAUACUGGCGGCUGCAGAUCCAAAACUGGGACAUGACUAUGAGGUGGAGGAGAUGGAGCUCGUGCUGAAGCUUGGGUUGCUGUGUUCGCAUUCGUUGUCGUUUGCAAGGCCGAGCAUGCGGCAAGUAAUGCAGUUUUUGGAGCGCGAUGCACCCUUUCCCUAUCUCACAUCGGACGGUCUGGCCGCGGCGAUCCUCUCGGUGGGCCAUUAUAAAGCGCCAGAUGAUCUACGCUUGUUAUAUCCUUCUUUGGAACAGGGAUUCUCAAGCACGAUAUCGGUCCAGGAAUCGGUCCUCUCCGGUGGCCGUUGAUAGACGAUGGCGUCAUAAUAUCAACGGUUUGGAUCUCAGAACGAUGGGUCCGCUUGUACAAAGUGAGAGCCAGGAUCAUAGUGUAUAAAUAUUGUGGAUUUUGACUUAAAAAAAAUAUUGUGGCACUCAGAUAUUAGAAGGAUUAAAUAUAUGUUCUGCAUA